AUGUUGCGCACGUCGUCCCUCUUGUUAUUCUCGAUGAGUGUGAUGUUGCUCGUGUUCAUCAUAUCAUCGGUCCUCCAUGCUCGUGUCCUUACAAGAACCAAUUAUAUCGGUGCUUUGAAUCAUCGUCUUUUACAGAAAAAUAGAAAUCUCUUCUUGCGGGAAGCAUCAUCUUCGGGAGGUGUCGACCAAUGGAUGACUCAAACUUUGGAUCAUUUCGACCCACAAAAUACAGAGACAUUCCAACAACGUUUUUGGGUCAAUGAAACCAUGUGGAAUAGAGCAAAUAACGGACCUGUGUUUAUUAUCAUUGGUGGAGAAGGACCAGCUUCUGCCGGUUAUGUCAAUGGUCAUUUCAUUACUAAUGAGUAUGCUAAACGAUAUGGUGCUUUAAUUGCUGCAUUGGAGCACAGAUUCUAUGGAGAAUCCGUACCAAGACAAUCUCUUUCUACUCAAAAUUUGAGAUACUUGACCAGUGAACAAGCAUUGCAGGAUUUAGUGGAUUUUAGAAGUUAUUUGAUCAAAAAGUAUAAUAUUAAUGAAGCCAAGACCAAGUUUGUUUCUUUUGGAGGUUCAUACUCUGGAAAUUUAUCAGCCUGGUUGAAGCUUAAAUAUCCACAUUUAUUUGUUGGCGCUAUUGCUAGCUCUGGACCUGUAUUGGCACAAUUAGAAUUCCCAGAGUACAUGAUGGUUGUUCAAAAUUCAGUUGGACCAAAAUGUGCUGAAAGAAUUAGACAAGCCAAUGACCUUGCUGAACAACUACUUUUAACUCCAGCAGGAAGACUACGUGUCGCUAAAUUGUUCAAUGUUUGCAAUCCAGAAAGUUUAACAGAUGUCAAUGAUGUUGCUACUUUCUUUUCCUCACUUUCUGACGGUGUUUGUGAAGUAGUUCAAUACAAUUUGGAUAACAAUGGACAAAAGGCAUUCAAUAUUUCAAGUAUGUGUAAUAUUAUUGAAUCAGGAUCAGAUGCUUUGGAAAGUUUUGCCAAUUGGGUCAAUACUUUCAACUCAUACUCUGGAAAUUCAUGCACUGAAAAUUUAUACAGUGACAUGAUAAAACAAAUGAAAGACGAAAGGCCUUUCCCUCAAAAUCAAAACAGUGCUGGACGUGCUUGGACCUACCAAACUUGUGUUGAAUUUGGAUAUUAUCAAGAUGCAGUUGGUGACAAACAACCAUUCUCAACAAAGAUCACCUUGCAAUAUUUCCUUCAACAAUGCUCUGAAAUUUUCGGAAUUAAUGGAAUGAAGCCAGACAUUGCUUUCACUAAUAACAUGUAUGGAGCAAAGAAUAUUGACACGAGCAAUACAGUGUUCUCAAGUGGUUCUGUGGAUCCAUGGUCGGUCUUGGCAGUGACUCGACCUACACAGUUCGUUCCACAAGGAAACAUUUUUCACAUGCAAGGCACUGCUCACUGUGCGGACUUGUAUGCUUCCUCUCCAAAUGAUUUGCCAGACCUUGUUCGUACUCGUGUUGAAACUCAAAAGUUAAUGGACAAGUGGUUGGCUUAA